CUGAUAACAACUGUCAGCUGAAAUUUGUUGUGUAAACAUCUGGGUGGAAGUUUUCACGGGGCCGAUCUUGCCUUUAUUCGAGAUCAUUAAGAGUUUGCUCGUGAAAAUGGACGGAAUAAUUAUUUUCGAUCAUCUCAACGACGUGGUCUUCAAGAAGUUGAAUGCAGAACUCCUCGUGAAACUCCGUGAGACGGCGCUCAGCCAGGAAUUGAUUAGUGCAGACGACAAGACAGACGAAGAAGUCAUCGACAACAAUGUGAUAAUACAGUUAUUCAGUCCAAUAACGAACUCGCAGAGGAUUAUGUUUUGCCAGUUCGACAACACGUACACAUCGUUCCAGUGCGAAAAUGAUUUGAAUUUCGUCUUUGAUGAGUUCUUGGGCUACCUUUUCCUGAAAAUUGGCUCCAAAUCGUUGGACUUAUUGCGACGGGAUAUCGCGGUAUCCAUCACGAUUGCGAAGCACAUAUGCGGCCCAGACCUUUACGUAUUGAAGCAAAAAGAAUCGAAAUCUUGCCUCAUGACCGACUUAUUGGAGACUUGGCAGCGGCUAUACGAAACCAAUCAAGGUGUAUUGCUUGAAGCAAUUGAACAGCUCAUGGUCAACCCAGAUGUUAAGUCGGUCGCUCAGAAAACACUUGAAGCAGCUACUGAAAGACUGAAGCAAGAUCCGCACUCGCAGCGAAGCCAUGCAUUAUUAUUUGUAGAAAAUAAGUUCCUAGGUAUAUACUCAAGCCGACAAGCACAAAAAGUAUCAUCUGCCGACAUCCUCUUCCUCUCUAUACUCUGUCAAACUUUCCAGUCAAAGAUGAAUUCGAAUGGGAUAAGCAUCCAGUCAAAUUUGCUCUUUCUGCGUGGUCAAACCACAACUACGCACUCAAGUUGUAUUCCACACAUUGUGCACACCUCGAUGUUGGACAAAGGAGCGGUUUUGAUGCUUCUCAUUGAAUAUGGCAGCCUGCAAGUUGCAAGCGGACUUCAUGACACAUUCCAUGCUUUACAAAAAGUGUUGAAUGUCCAAGCUCAAGCUGAUCUCGAUAAUUUCAAAUCGUCCUUCGAAAAUUUGGAGACGCACGUCAAGCAAUCGCUUGAAGCCCUUCGAAAGGCCAAAUAUAACAACCAAGACAUUGAAAAUUGCACAAAAAGAUUUAUCCUGAAGUGGGAAAAUUUGAAGAGAAAAUAUGCGGAAUUUUUUAAAUCUUCCGAUAAAGAUUCAAUUGUGAAGAUUGAGUCAAAUAUGCCAGGUUUUGCGGAUGAGUUGCAGGAGUUGUUUAGGUUGACAUGUUUAGAAUGCGCGGUGUUGGACCAUGGUUUCGAAAGGGUUUCAGAAAUAUCAACUCUAGCCGAAGAAAAGUUAUUGGAGUUUUCUGAAUUUCUUAGUGUAAAGGCCAGACGGAACGUGACUAUUGGAUCGUAUUUAGAGGAGUUUCCAGGUCUUGUUCACUUUAUUCAUAUUGACCGGAGCAUUGGACGUAUUAUAGCUCCAGAUUUACCGACAGAUACUCCACUUAUAUCGAGGGAGAAGGUGUGGUCCAUGGUGGAGUUUACCCGAUCUUAUCUAACUCGAGGUCAUAUGUCAUUGAUGUGGAAAGACACUACCUUCAAUUAUUCGUAUUUUCUAUGGUUCGAAGAUCAAAAUGGAGCACCAAUCAAACCGAAGGAUCUGCCCAAUUACAACGCACCUAAUUCUGCAGUUCGUCCACAAUUCGAACCAGGCAUCUUAGGAGGCGAUUAUUAUCAGCGGCUGUUGGAAACGUGCUUCCCGAAAGCAUCAUUGAAUAAAAUCAAAUGCUUUGAAGUCUACUGCAUUCAUUUGGGUCUGGUCACAGCCACUUGUGCACUGGAGCAUUGUCGUCGUUUGGUUGCUACGAUUAAUGAUGUGACAGAGUUUCCAUCCCUAUCAGAGUAUUGAUUUAAAUUUUUCUAUUUAUUUUUUUAGAUAUUUUUAUGAACACACAAUUUUAACGCUCAUCCAUGCCAGGCAUACACAUUCCAUACACAGACACGAACAGACUAUACACUUCGCUUUUAAACACGAGAACAGUUUUAAAAACAAUCUUAUAGUAUUAUGUAUUGCCAAAUGAUUUUAUUUUAUUAAAGCUAGUCUUUUUAUUUGCAUUUAAUAACCAGUAAAUAAAUUUUAUUCCAAGUAGA